AUGAUCAAAUCGCAGCUCAGCAGCGACACUCGGUCGACAGCCUAUCCAUCCACAGCCAGGGCUCGCAUGGCACCUGGAGCCAGGGUGACAUCGCCCGUGCGAGACAGGUCGCGCGCCGCCUCAACUCGCUCACGCCCCAUCUCUGUCGUGCCGGCCUCGAGGCGUAGAGGCUUCCUCGGCCGGCUCACGCUGAUUCCCGAGCUGGAGCGACCACAAGAGUAUUCGAACAAGACAAAAUGGUGCAUCACCGCCGUGGUCGCUCUGGCAGGCAGCGCUAGCCCGCUCGGCUCGGCCAUUUUCUACCGACAGCUCCUCGGACCUAUCCUGGGUGGCGUCCUGUCCGAGGCCUUCGGCUGGCAAUCGACCAUGUGGUUCCUGACCAUAUACGGCGCAAUCGUCCUGGUCUGCCUCUUUUUUUGCUUGCCCGAGACCCUUCCAAGGCGCAAGCCUGUCGUUCCUUCGGCUGCUGUUCGGGAGACGGCUGGUGGCAGCAACAGUCCUGCGCUAUCUCGCACACGGACGACCGAAUCGAUCAAGCAAAACACCAAGAAGGCAACGGCACUGUUCAGGAAGCUCAUCGUCGACCCUUUAUCCGUGCUCACGUAUCUGCGCUUCCCGGCCGUCGCCAUCACAGUCUACUACGCCGCCAUCACGUUCGGCUCGCUUUUUGCCCUCAACAUCUCCGUCCAGGCGGCAUACUCGACUGAUCCCUACAACUUCAACCAGUCCAUUCUCGGUCUGCUCUACAUUGCCAAUGGCGCCGGCUACAUUAUGAGUUCUCUGCUCGGCGGCCGCUGGCUCGACCACAUCAUGACACGCCAAGCGCAAAAGGCUGGUCGCUACGACACGGACGGUAAACUCAUCCUCCUUCCCGAGGACAGGAUGCGGGAGAACAUGUGGAUCGCCGGCACGGUCUAUCCCGCCAGUCUGCUGCUCUACGGCUGGACGAUCCAGUAUGGCGUCUUUUGGUUCCUUCCCCUCAUCUUCCUCUUCACAUUUGGCGCCGCCUCCAUGCUUGUAUUCGCCGCCGCCACGACCAUGCUGACCGAGUUUAUGCCAAAGCGCAGCUCCGGCGGCGUCGCCGUGAACAACUUUGUGCGCAACAUCUUCUCGUGCGUCGGCGCCUUGGCCGCGCAGCCCGUCAUUGACGGCAUUGGCCACGGCUGGCUUCUGACGAUCCUGGGCGUCUUCACGUGGGGUGACGGGGUAUUUCUGCAUCUGGAUCUUGAGGAAGAAAGCGCCCGUGUGGAGGAUCAGCAUGGACAAGGCGUUGAAUUCAUAGCGUUAUGCCUGGAUUGUUUGCACAGACGGCUCGAGUCGAGAGACAUUAUGAGGAAAUGA